UAUUUACUUUUACUUGUUGAUAAUUAUACAAUUUUCUAUCAAAUUUUUAUACAAGUUGAUUUAAUAUAGAUGAUUAUUAUUUAUCUACAAAAGUAAUAGUAAAUUUUUGAUAAAAUUAUUUUAAAGUGUAAAAUUGUGAGAAUAUUUAUAAACAUUAAUUUAUGCUACUUACAAGUUGAUUCUGAGAAUUUACAUCAUUAGCAUAAAUUUUGAAUAUUUAUAGACAUUAAUUUAUACUACUUACAAGUUGGUUUUUCUAUCAAAUAUACAUAAUUUUGUAUAAAAUUAUUAUUUUAUAAAAGUUUAAUUAAUAUAUUUUAACUAAAAUAAAUAGAUAAAAAUCUAUCCAAGACUAUAAUUUUAAAUAUAUACAUAUCUAUUAGUAAAUACAAUUUUAAAAUAAACUUAAAAUUUAAGAUUUUUAUUAUUGCACAUGGUGCAGAAAAACACAAAAGUAAGAAUGAAACAUAGACAAAACCAAUUCAUUUCAUUUUUUUUCAAUAAGGAAACAAAAUACAAGUCUCCAAAAGUUGUUUAUAAUAGACGGCCAUGCUACGACCACUAAUUGUUUUUUUUGUGUGGAAAUUAUGACCACUAAUUAUUCAUCUUCCUUAUUCUCCCAUUUCCUCUUCCCCUCCUCCUUUGAUCAGCAUCAGGUCAUGAGAUUUUCUCGGAAGCAAAACCAUUCCACCAAAUUCAAGAAAUUCCACAAAAUUUAUCAUCAAGAAUACAGCUUCCGGCGUAUAGAAGGAGAAACUGCAUGCAUAAGCGAGAAUAUCAACUCUGUUCCCAUAUUGGUAGGUUGUGUUCAUCUCACGUUUCCUUUAUUUGCCCUGUGUCUAUUUUAAGACACAUCAAGAACUCGAUGGAUGCGUUGAUGAGUGGUUUGUGUCGGAGAGAAACGGUGAUCGCGAGAAGGUAAGAGAGAGAUAUAGAAACAAACCGAAGGAAUAGCAAAACUAGGGUUUCAAUGGGAAACACAUGCACGGGUCCGAAACUGAACCCUAAUGGGUUCCUUCAAUCCGUUAGUGCCGCUGUUUGGCGUAAUCAGAAACCAGACGAGAGCCUCGAGAGCAACAAGGACGACAGCAGCAAGAAGAAGAGCGUUCAUGGCGGUGACAACGCUCCCUCCGCCGUGGAUCCAACUCCAAGCACACCACCUCCUCCGGUGAAAAUGGCCAACGAAGAAGCACCAAAAUGUGACAACAACGAUGAGAAUCCAAAGCCUAAGAAAGAGGCACACAUGAAACGAAUGGCGAGCGCGGGUCUACAAAUAGACUCCGUACUCGGGAGAAAAACUGAAAAUCUCAAGGAGAUCUAUAGCGUGGGGAGGAAGUUAGGUCAAGGACAAUUCGGGACGACGUUUCUUUGCGUGGAUAAGAAGACAAACAAAGAACUCGCUUGCAAAACCAUCGCCAAGAGGAAACUCACGACCCCUGAGGACAUAGAAGAUGUGAGAAGAGAGAUUCAGAUCAUGCAUCAUUUGUCUGGACAUCCCAACGUGAUUCAGAUCGUUGGUGCGUAUGAAGACGCUGUAGGUGUUCAUGUCGUGAUGGAGAUUUGUGCAGGUGGAGAGCUGUUCGAUAGGAUCAUACAGAGAGGUCAUUACACCGAGAGAAAAGCUGCUGAGCUUGCAAGAACCAUCGUUGGUGUUAUUGAAGCUUGUCAUUCUCUUGGUGUGAUGCAUCGUGAUCUUAAGCCUGAGAACUUCUUGUUUGUUAGUGGAGAUGAAGAAGCUGCGCUCAAGACUAUAGACUUUGGUCUCUCUGUCUUCUUCAAACCAGGAGAAACAUUCAGUGAUGUAGUUGGGAGCCCUUACUAUGUGGCUCCAGAAGUUUUAAAGAAACAUUAUAGUCAUGAAUGUGAUGUUUGGAGUGCUGGAGUUAUUAUAUACAUCUUACUAAGUGGUGUCCCUCCGUUUUGGGAUGAAACGGAGCAAGGCAUAUUUGAGCAGGUUUUAAAAGGUGACCUUGACUUUGUAUCAGAACCAUGGCCCAGUGUAUCAGAAAGCGCAAAAGAUUUGGUUCGUCGGAUGCUGAUCAGAGACCCUAAGAAGCGAAUGACAGCUCAUGAAGUUCUCUGUCAUCCUUGGGCUAGAGUGGACGGUGUUGCUCUUGAUAAACCUCUUGAUUCUGCUGUUCUCAGUCGUUUGAAACAGUUUUCUGCAAUGAACAAGCUUAAGAAAAUUGCUAUCAAGGUGAUAGCAGAAAGCUUGUCAGAGGAAGAGAUAGCAGGGUUGAAGGAAAUGUUCAAGAUGAUAGAUACAGACAACAGUGGACACAUCACUCUCGAAGAACUCAAGAAGGGCUUGGACAGAGUUGGUGCUAACCUUAAAGAUUCAGAAAUAUUAGGAUUAAUGCAAGCAGCGGAUAUAGAUAACAGUGGGACUAUAGACUAUGGAGAGUUUAUAGCAGCGAUGGUGCAUUUAAACAAAAUACAGAAAGAAGACCAUUUGUUCACAGCGUUCUCUUAUUUUGAUAAAGAUGGAAGUGGUUAUAUAACCCGAGAAGAGCUCCAGCAAGGUUGCAAGCAAUUUGGCUUAGCGGAUGUUCAUCUAGACGACAUUAUAAGCGAAGUUGACAAGGACAAUGAUGGAAGAAUAGAUUACAGUGAGUUCGUGGAGAUGAUGCAAGACACUGGAUUUGGCAAAAUGGGUUUAAGGGUGAGUUGAAGAAAAAAAACAAGCACCUCAAUUUCCACCAUUUUCUAAUUAAAUUAUGUACAUUUGAUAAUUAUGCCUGAUCAUAGAGGUUUCAUAUUCAUUUUCUGUGUUAUAUUCUUAGUAGGUCAAAGUAAAACUACUCUAUAGAAUCUUGCAUGUAAAAUGUUCAGUCUGCUACUAUGAAAUUACUGUACAUAUGUUGUAGAUUUUUGUUGUUGUUGCAUGCUUUUGUCUGACGCAAAUAAAGUGUAGAUUGAUACUACGAGGUAAUAAUAUACAUAAGUAUAGGUUUCCAAA